UAGCGGCAAAGGUUUUACACGUUUGUAAAGUAGCGCGCUUAGAAAUAUUGUCGAAACUGUUAAAGUAAAGUUGUAUAAAUAUUUAACUUUGGUAUUGAAUAUACCAAAAAAGUAAUUCUAUUAUGAUAAAGUAUUUUGAUCAUUUUCAAUAAAAUAAAUAAUUUAAAAUACUUACUCAAGUAAUUAUUUGAUUUUGCGAAAUCGUUUGUGUUUUUUGGGUUUGUUUUGUGUCUGAAAAAUGAGUUUGAGCCGAUUAAGGAGUGUGGUCAAAUGCGAUUUCGUGAAAGUUCGCCCUUCAAGUGCACUGCUUUCGAAAUUGGCACCUUGUGCAGGGCGGGAAGUGAGCACAAGCAGCACGCGAUGUGCUGUUGCACAACAGAAUACAAAACCAGAUUGGAACAGAGCAGUUAGUGAGGCCGAGAAGAUUGUCGGUUACCCAACCUCCUUCCUCAGCCUCCGCUGGGUACUUAGCGAUGAAAUAGCAAACGUUGCCUUACACUUACGAAAACUCGUUGGAAGUAAUCAUCCACUAUUGAAAACAGCCAAGAAUCUUCUUUACAAUGGAAAGAACAACAUGCAAGCUUGGGGACUCAUUGUGUUACUCGUGUCGAAGGCAGCAGGCCACAGCCCUGAAAUACCGGAUAUGGAACAAGACAAAGCGGCUGGGGUUCUACAUAGUCAACGGGCGCUGGCUGAAGUGGCUGAAAUGAUCCGCACGUCUCAUCUCGUGCAUAAGGGUCUGGUCAAUAUGAACGUGAGGCAGGUGUUGGCGGGUGAGCCGGACGACAUGUUAUUUGGGAACAAGAUCGCCUUGCUCAGCGGGGACUACCUACUUGCCAACUCCUGUACGGAGCUAGCGAACCUGAGGAAUCAAGAGCUCGUAGAGCUGAUGUCAUCUGCAGUGCGAGAUCUAGUGGAAGCAGAGUUCCUUGGAGAUCGGGAUCAACAAAAUAAUCCUCUGCCCUCACGACCUCUGCCUGAGGAUCAGAGGACAACAGCUUCGGAAUGGGAUUGCAUCCUGUCGCCGCUGCCCAUGGCGGGCGUGGAGGGCUGCGCGCGGCGCGAGUGGGCCGCGCGGCACGUGCUGGCGGCCGGCGCCCUGCUCGGCAAGAGCUGCUCCGCGGCGCUCAAGCUCGCCGGACACAAGCCCGCGCUGCAGACGCAGGGCUAUCUCUUCGGGUGUCAUUUAGCUUUAGCUUGGCAGGCGUUCUUGGAUCUCGAAGCGUUCACAGGACCCGAGCCAGCUAGCUUCUCGUUAGUUGGCGCUCCCCUAGCUUUCACUUUGGAGGCUCGGCCCGAGUUGUACUCGUACAUAGAGGCCGGCAAGAAGAGCGUACAUGAUGUCGAUUAUCACGCGCUGUACGAGGCGGUGCUGUCGGGCGGCGGCAUCCAGCGCACGCGGCAGCUGCAGCGCGAGCACAGCGGCCGCGCGCGCGAGGUGCUCGACUGCUUCCCGUACGGCGACGCGCGCACCGCGCUCGCCAACAUCAUCGUCGCCAUGAACGCCUAGCGCGGGGCCGGUGCUCGGACAC